CCGCCCCCUGGUGGAUGAGAUAGGCAAGCGCAGUGCAGCUUCGCUGAGCGGGUUGUCAUGGUGACGGUUAUAGCAUGUGCUUACAAAAACAAGAGCCCAGCCGUCCACCGCAAGCUAACUCGACAUUCGACACUGUCGACGCCAUCUUUCCCUUUCCCCCCACCUCCACCAGGAAGGAGAACGGCCGAACCCCUGGUUCCGACCCACAGACGGAGGGAAGAAAUGAGCGAAGCCAAAGCCCGCAGCGACGCGCCUGUUGCUGAUAACGUCCCCGGCGGCGGCGGCGGGCACGGCACCGCGGCUCCUCCGCGGGAGCGCAAGGCCGGCGGGGGUGUCCUGAAGAGGCUCAAGUCCCGCCAGAACAAGGUGGACAGCAGGCCCGUGGCAGAGGAAGACCUGCGGACCAAGAGUGGACCCAUAACUCCUGAGGAUGUACUGGGGCUGCGCGUGGCUACGAGAGGCUACCUCUGCAAACCAGAGGAGAAUAUUUAUAAUAUCGACUUUGUGCGCUUUAAAAUCAGAGACCUGGAGACAGAUACUGUCCUGUUUGAGAUCGCUAAACCCCCACAUACAGAUGAUGAGGAGGAGAACAGAGCGGGAGAUGCCAGUGCCGGCCGGUUUGUGCGAUACCAGUUCACCCCGGCCUUCCUGCGGCUAAGAACCGUGGGAGCUACGGUGGAGUUCACGGUCGGCAGCCGGCCUUUGAACAACUUCCGCAUGAUUGAGAGACACUACUUCCGGGACCACCUGCUGAAGAGCUUCGACUUCGACUUUGGCUUCUGUAUCCCGAACAGCUGUAACACAUGUGAACACAUCUAUGAGUUCCCUCAGCUCUCCGACAGUCUGGUGCGUCAGAUGGUGGAGUGCCCUUAUGAAACCCGAUCGGACAGCUUUUACUUCGUCGACAACAAGCUGGUCAUGCACAACAAGGCAGACUACGCUUACAAUGGAGGACAGUGAUGUGGAGAUUUUGUGCAUGCACAUACACAUGCAAUCAUCCACACGCGUACAGUACAUCCAUAUAUGUAUGAGACAAGGUCAAACUGCCCUUUUAUUUAUUUUUUUGCAGGUUUACAUUCAAAUAUCCAGCAACCCAAUGCUAACAUUGCAGUGGUAAGCAAUAUUGGAGCUAUCCAGCUGUACAGUUUGAGCCAGUUUGAGCCUCCGCAUUUUCCUCAGAGGAGGAAAAUGAAGAUGUACAUAGAUCUAGUUGUCUGCAUGUGGCUGCAUCAGAAUGGAGCAGAGCAGGAAGACUUUGGCUUGUCCAUUUCCGUUGCUGGAUCACAACUGAGAGGUUUUUCAAUUGGCAUUUUUAUAUCUGCUCCUGAUUAACCUCAAUCUGACUAAGGAAACAUUCAGAAAUGCAGUUUUAAGAUGAAAUUGUUUCAUAUAUGUCCCCCAUCAUGAUUAAAGUGCUACAAGAACAUCUUAAAAACAUAGAAAGUACCAUUUUCAUUGGAGGGGGUCUUUAAAUGCGCACUCCAUCCCCAGACGACAGGGAUAGUUCCAUACCAUCAGAAGCAGCUGUUUUCAGAGCUGCCGCUUCAUGAUCCACUUCAAACAGCACUGGGGACAAAGAAGCCAUCCACAAAAACAGCCCUGUCAAAAAAACAUGCUCACUCCUGCUGUGGCCUCCACACAUUAGCGGACGGAUUUUUUUUCUUUUUGUCAUUUGUUUCUGUUUCAUUGAAAGCUGAAAAUAGAUUAAGUUAUUCUUAUGUAAGUAAGCAACUGCAGUUGAACCAACAAGAAGCCUAAUUUAAAAGGAAGUAAAAUAAAAACACUUUUCAGGGAUCAGUACAUGUGAUGCAUGUCAUAAUGUAAAAUUAAAAAAAGGGGAAUAAUAUGCUUUUGACUUUUAAUGAAGUCAGUAGUGAACUUUUUUUCCUGUUAUUUUAUAAGUGACAUCACAUGUGUAUUUUAGGGGUGUAACAAUUCAUUAGAACAACAGUUCGAUUCAUUUCAUAAUUUGUCGUUGACGACAUGAUUCAUAGUGUUGAACGAUCCGAUUUACUGAUCUAAAAUCGAUCCAGGACAUCUUUAGUCAAAAAUUCAACCAAAUCCCUGGUACUGAACAGUGCAGGUGAAGCUUUCCAGAUUCCUUGUAUUUCUUGGAAGAUAAUCAAGUAUAAAUUAAAUAUGUGUACGACCUGACAAACAAGAAUUAAUGGCAAAGCUGCCAACUUUAGUUUCCUAAAAUUGAGCGCACCGUUGUUUUUCCACAUCAAAAUAAUUCAAAGGGAGCAUUAUUAGAACAUUCUAGCUCACUGUAUGGUCACAUGACUUUGCUAAAUUAAGUGAUUCCACACAUUGGACUGGAAUGAUGGAUUGGUCAUUUUUUGGCUGCCGUCACAUGUGUGUUGUCAGCUGUGAUGCACUUGAUCAUUUUUACGUUAUAGUAAAAUAAACCCGCUGGGUCUCUAUCCAAAUUGUAUUUUCCCUAGAAUAAUUUAAUCGAUUCAUUUCAUUUUGAAACUAUUUUAUAACCGUACAGGUCGAUUCGAUUAACAACUUGCCUCAGACAGAUCGAUCUGGUUGGAUUGCAGAGAUAUAAAUUGAUUCAUUGAUUAAGUCAAUUAAUCGUUACACCCCUAAUUAAUUUUUAACCAAUUGGAUUUGACUUUAAAACCAAUCUUAUUACACAGGCUUUAAAAACUUUCAGGUACACAGUGUACUCUGUUUAGGGUUGAAUAAUUAUAUAUGGUUUGUGAGAAGUAAAAUAAUAAAAGAUCACAUUUCCAGAUG